AUGGAAAUGCCCAAGGGUCGUUUAUCAGGUCCACGCACUCCGGUCUCUCUAAAAAUCAACCAUAAUACUAGUGCCAAAACAAAGACAAUUUUUAUAAAUGCAGGUUUUGUCAACAAAGGCAAUACGUGCUAUGCCAAUGUUAUUUUGCAAGCACUAAGUACUAUUCCAUCCCUAUGGUCCCAGAGUGCUUCACCAAUUAUGAGGGCGAUUGCUCUUAAGAUGACCAUGUUAAACCGUUCUUUGACCCCCGUUGAUCCUUCAAACUUUCUCAAGGCCCUAGAACGUAAGAUACACUCUUAUGGAAAUACAACUUUCCAUUACAAUUCUCAGCAAGAUGUGGCAGAGAUGUUACUUCUUGUCUUUGAUGAAUUGAAAGGGUACUCCGUAAUUGCGUCUCAGAACAUCUCGACAGAAGUAUCAGUGUCAGUUAGCUGUAACACCUGUCUCUGUUCUUCAGUUACUGUUGAAAAUCAGGACAUCCUAACACUGUCACCGUCUUCCAGCGUACAAUUGUCAGGUAGUAUAUUUUUAACUUCUGAAAAUCUGGAGAAUGAAAAUAAAUGGUUUUGCCCACAAUGUUCCCUGCACCAAGAGAGCACUAGGGAAACAAGGAUUACGAGGAAUAGCGAAAUUUUAACCCUGCACCUGAAAAGGUUUGCAAGAGCUGGUCUCUAG